AUGGUUGUAUAAAUUCUUGUUGUGUUUCUAACUAAAUAUUAUCUUCAUCGCUUCGCCCGUGCUCAACACGCCCAGUUCUCCCGCGAAUCUGCGCAUGCCGGCAUAUAGAAAUUCAAGAAAUCGAUUCAAUUUCUUCCACCAUCUUGUAGAUCAUCAGUGUAUGAAUUGCUAACUGUUUGGUUGUGCACGAAUUGACGAUCGAAAUCGAAGCAGAAUCUCCAACUCUGUGCAGUGCACACACUCAUCCCUCAACCAUGAGAAGAUCCGGGCACCAUUUACAUCGGUCUCACGUGAAGCAAGGUGCCGGAGGAUUGAAGAGCAUGAUGGGGAGGUUAUCAAUCGCUGUGGUUGUACUCUUGAUCUGCACAAUUUCAUUGUUCGUUUCAUCGACGAGCAAAGGUGGCUUUGGAUCCGUCUCUCGAUCGGAGAUCAAGGCUGAAGAACUUUGGAGCCGUGCUGAUUCUCGUGGUUGGAGACCUUCCUCAGCUCCGCGAUCAGAUUGGCCACCUCCACCGAGUGAGAGCAACGGUUACCUGAAGGUUCGCUGCAAUGGUGGUCUGAAUCAACAACGCAGUGCUAUCUGUAAUGCUGUUCUUGCUGCUCGGAUUAUGAAUGCAACACUGGUUCUACCAGAGUUAGAUGCAAACUCCUUUUGGCAUGAGAAGAGUGGUUUUCAUGGUAUCUAUGAUGUUGAAAAUUUUAUAAGGACCCUGAGAUAUGAUGUACGAAUCGUGGAAAGCAUUCCAGAUAUACGCAAGAAUGGGAAAACUAAGAAGAUAAAACCUUUUCAGCUCCGACCCCCUAGAGAUGCUCCAAUCAGUUGGUAUACUUCAGCUGCUCUUGAGAAGAUGAGGGAGCAUGGUGCUAUAUAUCUCACUCCAUUCUCACAUCGUUUAGCAGAAGAAAUUGACAAUCCUGAGUACCAAAGAUUGAGAUGCAGGGUUAACUAUCACGCUCUGAGAUUUAAGCCACAUAUUUUAAGAAUUAGUCAAUCAAUAGUUGAUAAGCUCCGCAAUCAAGGCCAUUUCAUGUCUAUUCACCUUCGUUUUGAGAUGGAUAUGCUGGCCUUUGCAGGGUGUUUUGAUAUUUUUACUCCUGAAGAGCAAAAGAUUUUGAAGAAAUACCGAGAGGAAAAUUUUGCAAAGAAGAGACUGGUUUAUAGUGAAAGAAGGGCAAUUGGAAAAUGUCCCCUAACCCCGGAGGAGGUUGGUCUCAUUUUACGUUCCAUGGGUUUUGACAAUUCUACCAGAAUAUAUCUGGCGGCUGGUGAUCUCUUUGGUGGUGAACGAUUCAUGAAGCCAUUUCGUGCUUUGUUUCCCCGUCUUGAGAACCAUAGCUCUGUUGAAUCUUCAGAGGAACUUGUUGAAAAUGUGAGAGGAGUGACAGGUUCUGCAGUUGACUACAUGGUUUGUCUCCUUUCUGACAUCUUCAUGCCAACCUAUGAUGGACCAAGCAACUUUGCCAACAAUUUGCUGGGGCACCGUCUUUAUUAUGGCUUCCGAACUACAAUCAGACCAGACAGGAAAGCUCUUGCACCAAUAUUCAUUGACAGAGAGAACGGAAGAACAACAGGCUUUGAAGAAGCUAUUAGGAGAGUAAUGCUUGGCACGCACUUUGGCGGGCCACAUGAUCGCAUUUCACCAGAGUCAUUCUAUACAAAUUCUUGGCCUGAAUGUUUCUGCCAAAUGUCACCGAAAAACCCUGCUGAUAAAUGUCCACCAGAUAACGUGUUGGAGAUUUUGAACGGCCAAUUGGUGGAAAGUCAAACUGAGAAUGAUUUGGAUGUCUCAACCCAAUCAAAUUCAACUACCUCAGUACGAAGAUGAGAAACAUAUACCAAGAUUUUAUUAAGCUCAUUACAACUUCACUCAGCACAACACAGUAACCAAUUCCAGUUGAAUAGGUUUCAUUUACCAACGGCACUUGCCUCCAGGUCUGUCUGGUUAUUGUAGCAUUGCAACACGAUGACAGGAGGAAAGUCAUGCUGACGCGAGAUAAUAGCUGAUUCAUCUAGGGUGUGUAUAAUGUACUUUCUUCAUAUGUUAACUUUUCUCUCGAGUGUCCUAUAUUGUAACGUAGCAAUAGCAUAUUUUUGCCCACUGGUUCACACAGCCUAUGCACGUAAAAACUUUUACGAAGUUCCUUCUUGAGUCUUGACCAAUCUAUGUUGUUUUUUUAUCCCUUUAUUUAAAUACCUAACUGACAUGGAGGCUUCAAAAUGUGUUAAUUCAUAGCUCUAUAGAUAAAAUGACAGUCAAGAUGGUUGAAUUAAGACGACUGAAUUUUAUUAGUAACAGUUGAAGUGUACUAACUUUUCCAAAUAUCGUUCUCUCUUAAUCCCAAAUGACUUGUUUUGCUCUUGUUUAA